CUCAACGGCCACCACUACCCCGUCGCCGCGCAGGCGCGGGGCUGAAGGCGCGCACCGCCGGCUCCCGCUUCUCCCACUGUCCUGCCAACCAGCGGCCGUUUGAGGAGGUGAAGAGCGGGAAGGCGAGGGACGAGGCGGCGGCGGCGCCACCACAGCGAGGGAGGAGGAGGACAGGAUGGCGGACAACGACCCUCAGAGCGCCAGGGAGCUCUCUCAGUUCGAUUCUUUCCUUCUCACUGUACUCAACCUUUUCCCUCUUCCAUUCCUCAGCUGACUCAUGUGAGAGAGAUAAAGGAUGUGGAGCCCUAAAAUAUUCCAUUGUAUGAAGGCAGAAAAUCUACUACAACAGUUACAGGAAAACUUUCAAGCACUGACGGACAAAUUACUUCUAAGAACAGAUGAAAUGGGCGAGCGCAUAGAUGAUUUAGAGAAGCAUGUUACUGGACUAAUGGCACAAGCUGGGAUAGAAAACACCAGUGAAGAACUAAUGCAUUGAAGAGGGAGACAUGAAAACGACAAAAAACCUACGCUUGGAACUGAAUAACUGUAUGGCUAUAGCGGAAGAAAAAUCAAGCAGAGCAUGUAAAGUCACUUGCAUUCAUUAUUUCUCUAAUGAAGGUAUCAUUUGCUUUUAAACACUUUCGCAUGAGUCAAAGUCAUUAUUCAUCCUUGAGAUAGGUGGACUACUUAAGUUUACCUGUGUGUCUAACACUGGAAUCACCCCAACGAACACUGAAACCUAGUUUACUGUAACAGUGAAGACCAUGGUGAUUCGUAUUUUUAUCAGCAUAAUAUAAACAAACACAGAUUAUGUUCA